CAUUAUGCAUUGCACACACCAUUGUACAUCGCACAAGCCAUUGUACAUCGCACAAGCCAUUGUACAUCGCACAAGCCAUUCUACAUUGCACAUACCAUUAUGCAUUGCACACACUAUUGUACAUUGCACAAGCCAUUCUACAUUGUACAAGCCAUUCUACAUUGUACAUACCAUUGUGCAUUGCACACACUAUUGUACAUUGCACAAGCCAUUCUACAUUGCACAAACCAUUCUACAUUGCACAUACCA